AUGCCUGCUGGGGACAUGGCAGCAGCUGAGCCCGGUCCCGCCCCGCGAGGUGCCCGUGCCCGUUCCGGGGAUCACCGGGGACACUGGCCCGCCCGCCUCUGCACCGCCCUGCCCCGGGCUGGGCUCGGGCCGCCUGCCAGCCCCGCUGACCUCAGCCGGCUCCGUGGGACCGCGCUGACGCCCAGCACCCGCGGCAGCCCCGGCAGGAAGGAGCCGCCCCGGGCUGCCCCUCCCACGGGCGCACCGGGCUCGGCGCCGCCGGGAGCGGGCGGCACCGGGAGCCGCGGCACGGACGGGAUCCGGCGGCACCGGGAGCCGCGGCACGGACGGGAUCCGGCCCUCACCGGGAGCCGCGGCACGGACGGGAUCCGGCCCUCACCGGGAGCCCCGGCACGGACGGGAUCCGGCCCUCAACGGGAGCCGCGGCACGGACGGGAUCCGGCCCUCACCGGGAGCCGCGGCACGGACGGGAUCCGGCCCUCAACGGGAGCCGCGGCACGGACGGGAUCCGGCUCGCAGCCACGGCACCGGAACCCGGCGGCCGCUCCAGCCUCGACGGAGCCGGAGCGCUUGUUCGGGGGCUGCAGCCGCUCCCCGCUCCGGAGCCGUGCCGGCCGCACCUGCGGCACCGACGGGGCGGCCCCUGCGGGAGGCGGCGCCGCUCCCUCCCGCCCCUUCCCCGCCCCAUCGCCCCCGCUAGAGCGGCUGCAGCCCCACGGCCCUGGCAGGGCGGGCAGCUCCUCCCGAAGAGCACAGAGCGCACCGACCCCCGAACUGCGGGGGAACUCCGGCAUCCCCAGGGAGGAGCCCCGGGAGCCGCGGUGUCCUCCCGCCGCAAGGCUCCAGCCGCUGCCCUUGUCCUUCGCAGCACAGAUACGGUUCUCGCAGGGCGCCUCGCCCCUGCCCCCAGCACAGGCUGCGGGGAGCCCCGAGCACACGAGGCGCGGGGCUCCAGCCGUGGGGAGGUGGUUUCUCGGCACACAGGACAGCGGGGGAGGGACACUGGUGCAGCCCCAAGGCAAACGAGAGGACGCGGCUCUGCCCACACUUUCGGCCGCACCCCAGGGACGGAAGAGCCAGAGGCUCCCAGCCCUGUGGGAAGCGAUGGGACAUUGA